AUGACCCCUCUACUGAUCUCACUGUUGGUUCUGCUGGCUUCAGCACAAACUAAUGCUCUCAUUGCCUGCACUGCCCAACUCUGUGCAAAUACUAUCUGCCAUAAGCUGACAGAAGACAACUGUAAAGGCAAGAUCGUACCAAACGGGGGUCUCUGCCACUGCUGCGACGGAUGCUAUACUGUCCUCAAGCAGGGCGCUGACUGCAGUCCAGCCCCCUAUUUUGGAGUCCCUAGGUACGUUAUUUGUGACGAUGGUCUGGAAUGCAACCGAGACACACAAACCUGUCAGGUUCCGGUAGAGGCCUAA